AUGCCCGCUCAGUCGCCCAUUCCCCCGCCCGCUGGUAUCCCCGACCGCUCUCGCAAAAUCCCUGCAUACAAGACAUAUACCGGCCCCGACCCAUCCACACUAUCUGGUCCACGCAGUAAGAGUCAGGCGGAACAGUAUUUUGCGAAAGGAGCGCACGAAACGAUAUUGCCCAAGAGAGUGAGCAAGGCCAUUGGCUUUGGGGGCUGGUUCUUUGGAGGUGUUGCUGCUGUAUAUAUGGUUUUGUUUGCAGACUUUGGUGACAGAGAACACGUCUUUAGCCCUGUGAGAAGAGAAUACAUCAGAACAAAGCAGUCUUUCUUCACUUUGACCCCUGAAGAGCGAAAGACAAUGGGGCUAAAAACACGAAUUGGGGAGAGUGAGGCUGGGAAACAGCCGUCAUAG